AGACACACGGCCAUGUGUCGGUGUCGAACUGUCACGUAGUUCGUCCACAAGGAAGGCGGCGGCGCGCCGAGAGCCCGAGACCCUUCCAGAGCAAAGAAGCCAGGCCACCUGCGUACAAAACCCGACGAGCGAGCAGACGCCAGAACCAAAAGCAAAACUCUGCCCGUCUGCACGCACCCAAUCCGAACCGCUUGCUUCGGUAACCGAGCGUUUGAUUGGUCGCGCAUCGCAUGGCGACGAGGCGGCCGGCGGAGGGGAGGCCGUGGGAGCUGGCGGCACACCCGCGGCUGGCGAAGGGGAAGGUGGUGGGCGUGGUGGUGCUGGACGGCUGGGGCGAGGCGGCGCCCGACCCCUUCAACUGCAUCCACGUCACCGACACGCCCACCCUCGACGCCCUCAAGAAGGGGGCUCCGGAGAGAUGGAGGCUCAUCAAAGCGCACGGGACAGCGGUGGGGCUGCCCACGGAUGACGACAUGGGGAACAGCGAGGUCGGCCACAAUGCGCUCGGAGCAGGCCAGAUAUAUGCGCAGGGUGCAAAGCUGGUGGAUCUGGCGCUCGCCUCCGGGAGGAUAUACGAGGGGGAAGGUUUCAAGUACAUCCAGCAGUCCUUCGAGAACGGCACUCUGCACCUCAUCGGUUUGCUCAGCGACGGAGGCGUGCACUCACGAUUUGAUCAGCUGCAGUUGCUUCUGAAAGGGGCUAGUGAGCAUGGCGCGAGGAGGAUCCGGGUUCACGUCCUCACGGAUGGCCGCGAUGUGUUGGAUGGCAGCAGCGUCAAGUUCGUGGAGAUGCUUGAGGAGGACCUCGCUGGGCUACGGGAGAAGGGCGUCGAUGCGAGAAUCGCGUCUGGCGGAGGCAGGAUGUAUGUCACAAUGGAUCGUUAUGAGAAUGACUGGCAGGUUGUGAAGCGGGGUUGGGAUGCGCAUGUCCUUGGUGAAGCCCCACACAAGUUCAAGAACGCUCUUGAGGCCGUAAAAAAGCUCAGGGAGGAUCCAAAGGCCAACGACCAGUAUUUACCCCCCUUUGUUAUAGUUGACGAAAGCGGAAAACCGGUCGGCCGGAUACAGGAUGGAGAUGCUGUUGUGACGUUCAAUUUCAGAGCUGACCGAAUGGUGAUGUUUGCAAAGGCACUGGAAUAUGAGAACUUUGACAAAUUUGAUCGAGUCAGAUUCCCCAAGAUACGUUAUGCCGGUAUGCUUCAGUAUGACGGCGAGCUAAAACUUCCAAGUCAUUAUCUUGUUGCUCCCCCAGAGAUGGAGAGAACAUCCGGUGAAUACUUAGCGCGCAAUGGCAUACGCACCUAUGUUUGCAGUGAGACCGUCAAAUUUGGUCAUGUGACCUUUUUCUGGAAUGGUAAUCGAUCUGGUUACUUCGACCCAAACUUGGAAAAAUAUGAAGAAAUUCCUAGUGACACCGGCAUCCCCUUUAAUGUUCAGCCGAAAAUGAAGGCCAUGGAAAUUGCACAGAAGGCAAGGGAUGCCAUCCUGAGUCGCAAAUUUGAUCAGGUAAGGGUCAACAUUGCAAAUGGAGAUAUGGUUGGUCAUACAGGUGACAUUGAGGCUACAAUCGUCGGAUGCAAGGCAGCUGAUGAAGCCGUUAAGAUCAUCCUUGACGCCAUCGAGCAAGUGGGGGGCAUUUUUGUGCUCACUGCCGACCAUGGAAACGCCGAGGACAUGGCGAAAAGAGAUAAAUCUGGAAAACCACUGCGUGACAAAGAUGGGAAGGUCCAAAUCCUCACUUCACACACGCUCAGUCCUGUUCCAAUCGCCUUUGGAGGUCCUGGGCUCGCACCUGGGGUCAGGUUCCGGACGGACCUCCCAAACGCCGGCCUCGCUAAUGUCGCAGCGACAGUCAUGAGCCUUCAUGGGCUUGAGGCCCCUGAUCACUAUGAGCCGACACUCAUCGAAGUUGUCGACAAGUGAUGAAUGAAAGAAUCGCUCUUCAUCAUGGUAAUCAGCAGUCUUUGCAGCUCCCAACCUCAACAAUUCAUCAGCAGGCAUACAAAAGCGCCACCCAAUGACCCAUCGAUGAGAGACUACUUAGGCAGGUUGCCGCUAGUUGCUAAGUCCGUUAGAAUAAAUGUUACGAUAAGCUACAGUAGCAGUGGCUUAGGAGCUUGCAUUGUUAUUAUAUGUUAUUGGAGAAGGGGCGAUGGUUUUCUCUAAACUCAU